UGCAUGGUGCCAAAUGCCAAAGUUGUGACCCUCAUAGGGCAGCAGCAUGUCAUUUGCCCAUAUAGACGCACAAAGCACCAAGUAAGGCAACUUGACGCGCAGCAGGAAACGGGCGAGACCGAGGUGUAAUCGAUCCUAUGGCCUGGGAUUAUAAGGUCAUCGACGGCAGCGAGGAGAAAACCGACCUGGGUUUUCGUGAUGAGCCCGCAUUAAACCACAAGCGUACCCGCAUCCUAGAUGCAUGCAAGCGGAGAGACAUCGACGAUCUCCAAGCCUUAGCUAUAUCGAGGGGUGGAUUUCUCACCGACGCCAUCCGUUGCCAAGCAUGGCCGAUAUUACUGGGCGUUCACGUCGACCAGCGCGGGGAGCAGGAUGGAAUCUCCGAUUCAUGGACAACGCUAAAGAAGCAUCGAGACGAGGGCCAGGUCAAGCUGGACGUCAAUCGGAGUUUCGUUUACUACCCAAAUGAUGAUACCCAGGCGCAGCUCGACGAGAAGAAGUCGCAGCUCUCAGACCUUAUCACCGAGGUGCUCCGACGGCAGCCAUACCUCUGUUACUUCCAAGGCUAUCACGACAUAUGCCAGGUCUUCUUACUAGUUCUUCCACCAGCCACGCGUGCCGCGGCUGUCGCCCGCCUAUCCGCGCUGCGCAUCAGGGACUUUAUGCUACCAAGCCUGAACCCGUCUGUUGCGCAACUAAGGCUGAUCCCAGACAUUCUUCGGGCUGCAGACCCGACGCUGUACGCCCAUGUAUCACGAACGGAGCCCUUCUUCGCGCUGCCAGACACGCUGACCAUGUUUGCUCACAACGUGCGACGGUACAGCGAUAUCGCGCGGUUGUUUGACGCCCUGCUGGCCCGCGAACAGGCUUUUACGCUUUACGUCUUCGCCCAGAUCGUCCUACGUCGCCGGGACGAACUUUUCCUGCAGGACGAGCCCGAUAUGCUGCACUUUACCCUCUCUAAGCUCCCCCAGGAUCUAGACCUCGACGCCCUUAUCGUUAAUACAGCCGCUCUUUUUGAACGCUUCCCGCCCGAGUCCCUACGCAGCUGGCGCUCGGUAUCAAGUUCCAGCACCCUGAAGACCGUUCGCGACGUGAGUGCAUGCGCGGCGCAAACCCUCGAGGAUGGACAUAGAUUCUUCGAGAAACAUCACCGCGAGCUCAUAUGGGCACAACGGCGGGACAAGGUGCUCCGGACGGCAUGGGCCAACAGGGCAUUGAUCCUGGCCGUGGUUGUCGGCGCCGGCGCCGUGUACUUCCGGAAGGCGCCUAUCUGGUCGAAUCUCGCUUGGUCGGUACCAGACCAUUAUUUCUAGGAUACCAGGAUGGUCGAUCGACGGUUCGUGGGAUGUCAGGAUGUUUUCUACUUUUUACGAGAGUACGUGAGAAAGUGUAUGACAGCAGGUUAGGUUAGGUUAGGUUAAGGUAGGGUAAAGGGCUUGGGUUUGGGUUUAUGAUAUACUUGCGCGCAACUCGAGGUUUUGGAUCACACUGGUAGGCACAAUUAUAGAACAACAUAUAUACUCUGAAGACAGACAUUGUUACGAUCGGGUUUUAGGACAAGACGGAAGGGCGGGUGGUAAUUGUGAUACGAAAAGAACAUACU